UUUAACCUUACCAACCCCACUUCAAUUCUCUGAGUCAGUCGGUCACCAUCUCCCGAAGCCCUUUUGUCAGCCAUGGCAUUUAAAUUCCUCCUUCUCUUCUUCCUCGUCUCAGUUCACCGCCUAAUCCAGCGCUCCUCCGCGGCAUACUCCAUCGGCGUCAACUACGGCACCGUCGCCGACAACCUCCCACCACCUUCCCAAGUCGCCACCUUUCUCAAAACCAAGACCACCAUCGACCGCAUCAAGAUAUUCGACGCCAACCCCGACAUCCUACGCGCCUUCUCCAACACUGGCAUCUCCGUCACUGUCACAGUCGGAAACGGCGACGUUCCCUCCCUGGCCAAACUCCCUGCCGCCCAGUCCUGGGUCGCCAAUAACAUUCUGCCAUUUCACCCCGGGACCAAGUUCAACCGCAUCGCCGUAGGUAACGAAAUCCUCGCCACUUCGGACAAGAGUCUGAUCGCGCACCUUUUGCCGGCCAUGAAGGCCUUGAAGUCAGCCUUGGAAUUAGCAAAUAUUACUGAUAUUCAGGUCUCCACGCCGCACUCCUUGGGUAUAUUGUCUAGCUCUGAGCCGCCGAGUUCUGGGCGGUUCCGACGCGGGUACGAUCGGGCCAUAUUCGCUCCGAUUCUGGACUUCCAUAAUCAAACCAAGUCACCCUUCUUGAUCAACCCCUACCCGUUCUUCGGUUUCACGGCCAAGACCUUGAACUACGCGCUCUUCAGGCCAAACGGCGGCGUUUUCGACAACGUUACGGGGUUGAACUACACGAACAUGUAUGAUGCCCAGCUCGACGCGGUUUACUCGGCGAUGAAGAAGCUGGGGUACGAGGACGUGGAGAUUGUGGUAGCCGAAACUGGGUGGCCCUCUGCUGGUGACCCGACCCAACCCGAGGUGAACCUGCAGAACGCGUUGUCGUAUAACGGGAACCUCGUGAAGCACGUGAACUCCGGGAAAGGAACGCCGUUGAUGCCCAACAGGACCUUCGAGACUUACAUUUUCUCGUUGUUCAAUGAGAAUCUUAAACCGUCCACUUCGGAGCGGAACUUCGGGUUGUUCAAGCCGGAUCUUACUCCGGUUUAUGAUGUGGGCAUUUUACGCAUUGAUCAGGCGUUGGGCCCCGCUCCUGCUGUUGCGGAGGGGCCAUCAUCGUCAUCAGCAGCUCCUGCUGUUGCGGAGGGGCCAUCAUCGUCAUCAGCAGCUCCUGCUGUUGCGAAGGGGCCAUCAUCAUCAGCAGCUCCAGGUGGUUCUUCGAGCGGUAAGUGGUGCGUGCCUAGAUCAGAUGCUAGCGAUGAGGCGCUACAGGGGAACAUAGACUACGUGUGCAGCAGAGGAGUGGACUGCAAGCCGAUACAGGAUGGUGGGGCCUGCUUCAAUCCCAACACUGUGAGAUCACAUGCAUCGUACGCUAUGAACGCUUACUAUCAGGCCUUUGGUCGCCAAGACGUUGACUGUGAUUUCAGCCACACUGGAGUCCUCACCACCGUUGAUCCCAGUUACGAAGCUUGCACGUACCCUUUGAAUGGGAAAAAGUUGGAGAAGUCGGUUUCUGUGGCGGGAGGGUCGACGAAAUAUUGCAGCGUGGCAAAGAUAUUUGUUGCAUUAGUCUUCUACGUAAUAGGGAUUCAAUUAAAUUUCGGGUUAAACAUUUAAUUGUUUUUUUUGUAAUGUGAUUUAGUGGGUGCGUGGGGUAUGUCGCCUUUUUUUUUGAUGGGGGGUGGGGGUUUCAAACGG